UGCACAUUUAAAAGAAACAAUAGCAAAAUAUAAUUUCAUGGAUUCAAAAGAAAGAUAAAUAAAUAAAAGUGGACGCGACACGUAAAAUUGCCCAUCUUUUAAGUUAUUGAGGACACGAGUGUCAUUUCAGUGAAUGAAUGUCGAAGUUAUCAAGAGUGGGCAUCCAGAUGGCGCAAAAACGCCAUGUCAGAGAGAACAGAAAGUAAAGAAGAACAAGCAGAAGAAAAUUAAACAAAUAAAUUAAAAAAAAAAAAACAAAUAGAUAAUAGAAGGUUGUAGACAGAGAGAGAGAUAGUGGAAGGAGAGAGAAAGCGAGAACAAACAAGAAGGAAAAAAAAAAAGUUAACUACUAGUUGCAACUCUGACACAACAGCCACCGCAGCCAUUGCCCACCAGCCACCGCACACUACCCUUCUUCUUGGCCGCGGCUGCCGCCUUUGCUCUGGUCCUUCUCCUACUUGCGCGCACAGUUAUCUGUAUUCUAUACAUCCCUCUUUCUUGAUCUUGAUUAAUCUCUCAUAUAUCACCUAUUUGCCAUCUCUGUCUUCGGGAGUAUGUGUUAGAACCAGGGACCGACAUGUAGGUAAACACUAAGGAGUAAUAAUAAUCUUGAAGCACAAAGUCGUUCAAUCAAGCCAAUGAACCGUUGUUUUUAUGCCAUGUUUGUUUACAAGACUAAGACCUUUCCUUUGUCCUGCCCCGACAGCCGUACACACUUCUCAAUCACACAAUUAAAAACAGGUGAUUCUUUGCUAUCAGUUAUUAUUGGUGCUAUUUAAUUAUGUGUAUGCAUAUAUAGAUAGUUAAAAGAGACAGAAAAGAGGGUGGAAAUCUCGGGGGAUUCUGGGAGAUAUGGAGUUCUUGAUUUUGCAUUUGGUGUUAUUUGGUGACUAUUUAUUAAUGAGAGAGGGGGAGACAAUGGUUUAUAGAAGUGGGUGGGCAUGCACAAGGUAAAACACAAUCAGGCCGUGGUUUUUCAACUCUUAAUUACUAGUACCAGAUUCUCAAGACCCAGGGGCAGACACGUUGGUCCUUCACUUGCCUUCUCUAUAUUUUGAAGCCCUUCUUCCCCUCAAAAACCUGCAUGCACCAAAAAUACAAAAGACAAUCCAUUUCUUCAACUGUUCCUUAAAAACAAAUCAAACCCAUAACCGAAAACCAAUCAAGAAAAGAAAAGUAUGCAGCAAGAUCAAGAUAUCUUGAAACCGAAUCAAGAUCGGAGGAUACAAGGAGAGAAUCAAAAUCAGCCGCAACAGCAGCCACAGAAAUGUCCUCGUUGUGAAUCAAUGAAUACAAAGUUCUGUUAUUACAAUAAUUACAGUUUAUCUCAGCCUCGUUACUUUUGCAAGACUUGUAGAAGAUACUGGACUCAAGGCGGAACCCUAAGGAAUGUCCCUGUCGGUGGCGGUUGCCGGAAAGGGAAAAGAGUGAAAACAUCAUCAUCAUCAUCAUCAGCAUCAUCAACCACCACCACGUCUUCUUCCUCAAGUGAGAACUCUAGGUCUCAAUCUUUGGCGAACACAACACAGAAUAUGAUUACUAGUACAAGUGUUAGUCUUGGUUUGAGGGCUAAAGAAUCGGGGAAUCUGGUUUCAACUCCUGGAGCUUCUUCAGUUGGAACUUACAAUUAUUCUUCUGCUGGUGGUGGAGGUGGAUUCUUGAUGAAUUCCUUAGCCGCAAUUCAAUCUUUGAGUAACCAACCAACUCUACCCCAAUCGUUUAGUCUAAAUCAUCAACCUGUGAAUCUUGGUGGAGAUUUUGCAGGAGGUGGUUCAAGUCUGAGUCUUUUGCAUGGUUUUAAUGCUGUUGUUCCUUCUUUUGGGUCACAACAGAUUCAACAACAAAGGCAAUUUUACAAUAUGGGCAGUAGAGAUAACAGAAAUACUGGAGACCAUCCUUUUUAUGCUGCUGCUUCUGCUCAUCAUCAACAGCAAACUGCAGGUUUUAUCACUAGCAACACUAACCCUACUAAUGUAUCUGAUACUGCUUUGUGGAGUGUCAGUACCAGCACCGCAGCAGGCAACACUAGCAGCAGCAGCAACAUUGUCAAUGGUGGCUCUUUUACUUUGAACCCGACAGAUCAGUGGCUUCAUCAUCUACCAGGUUAUGGUCCUCCACCGUGAUUGAGCUAUAUAUACAUCUUCUUUAGCCCAAGCGCCAAACAACGGACAGCUACAUGACUUUAUUUAGAAGUAUUAUUCUUUGCUUUUUGUAUACAGAUCACCCAUGAAUCUUUUCUUUUUCCUGUUUCUUUUUACAAUAUUAGCAAAAAUGGUUUCAUGUGCGUUGGGGAUCGGGAAGUAAAUGGAGUAUAUUGUGAAAUGGUGUAAAUGCAAGAAUAUAGGGGCACCAGCCUUUAUGCUUAUAUCAUAUAUUGCUGGGUUGAGGUAGGUUUGUUUUGAA